GCCACGCAACACCGCAGCAUUUCUUCUUCUUCUUGUCAGUAGCUGUGGCCUGCACAGCUAGCGCCACUGUACCGCCAUUGUUUUGUUAGCAUGGCCCCGAGUAACAUCGUCGUUCAGAGCAGCAGCACUCCGCCGGUUGCCGGCGGCGACGAGGAGUUCGCGCCGUCUGUAUGGGGAGAUUUCUUCGUCACCUAUGCCACUCCCGUCUCACAGGCAUCAGAGCAGCGGAUGAGUGAGAGAGCGGAGCUGCUCAAGGCGCAAGUACGUCAGGCGUUCGAUGCUGCCAGCAUGGAUGUUGCAGGUCUGAUCACGUACGUCGACACCCUCGAACGCCUCGGCUUAGACAACCACUUCCGCGACCUCAUCGGAGCUGCCCUGGAACGAAUCGGAGCUGAGGAGCUGCCGGAGCACGGCGGCGGCCUGCACAUCGUCGCGCUUCGGUUUCGCCUGCUCCGGCAGCAUGGGAUAUGGGUAUCUACAGAUGUGUUCGACGCGUUCAGAGAGGACGCGGGCGGUUUCUGCUCGAGCCUCUGCAGUGACGACCCUAGGGGUCUCCUGAGCUUGUACAAUGCGGCUCACAUGGCAGUACCCGGCGAGGUGGUCCUCGACGACGCCAUCGCCUUCGCGAGGGGCCGCCUCCUGGACAUCAUCAGCAAAGGCGAGGUCAGGUCACCGGUGUCAGAGCAGAUCACACGAGCCCUCGACAUCCCCCUCCCACGAUUUACGAGGCGGCUGGAAACCAUGCACUAUAUUGCCGAGUAUGAGCAUGAAGAGGCACACGACGGCCUGCUGCUUGAGCUCGCUAGGCUCAACUUUGUCCUUGUGAGAGCGCUUCACCUCAGGGAGCUGAAGGACCUGUCACUAUGGUGGAGGGAGCUCUACAACACUGUGAAGCUCCCGUACGCUCGGGACCGUAUGGUGGAGAUCUACUUUUGGACCUGUGGUAUGCUUCAUGAGGAGGAGUACUCCCUGGCACGGAUGUUCUUCGCCAAGACGUUCGGGAUGGUGUCACUGAUGGACGACACUUUCGAUGUCCAUGCUACUCUAGACGAGUGUCACAAGCUCAAAGAAGCUAUGCAGAGAUGGGAUGAAAGUGAGGUCUCCAUUCUACCCGAGUAUCUACGCUUGCUGUAUAUCAAAACACUUAGCAACUUCAAAGAGUUUGAGGAGAUCUUGGAACCGAACAAGAAGUACCGCAUGGCUUACACAAAAGAGGCAUACAAGUUGUGCUCCAAAAACUACCUAAAGGAAGCCAUCUGGUCUAACCAGAAAUACCAGCCAAGCUUCAAGGAGCAUGAGGAGCUAUCAAUCAUGACCUCAGGCUUGCCGAUGCUCACGAUCCUAACACUAAUGGGCUUCGGUGACGAGGCAACCCCGGAGGCGUUCGAAUGGGUAAGCAGUGUUCCUGAAAUGGUCCGCGCUGGUUCGCAGGUCACUCGCUUCCUCAACGAUUUGUCUUCUUACAAGUUGGGAAAGAACAAGAAAGAUAUGCCUGGCUCUGUGGAGACCUACAUGGUAGAGAAUGGCUUAACAGGAGAUGAGGCUGCAGCGGCAAUCGCGGCACUUCUAGAGAACAGGUGGAGAAUACUAAACCAAACAAGGAUGGAGAUAGAUCACACGCUACUGCCAGCGGCGCAGGUGGUGCUCAACAUGGCGAGGGCAAAUGAGAUCAUUUACCUCCACGGCAGAGACGCCUACACCUUCGGUGCUGACCUCAAGGACCUUGUCACCACACUCUUCCUCAAGCAAGUGCUCCCUCUCUAGACAAUACUCUGAUCACACAACUAGAUUGGCUAUAUAACGAUUCUCGUGUUGUAUUACGCUUUGUGUUUCAUUAUGCACGCUAUAUAUAUGAUCAAUGUACCUGUUUCUAUCAUAUUGAUGGUAAUAUAAUAUUCUAAAUGGAUAUAGUUAACUUA